AUGGAUAUUUUGAUCGCGAUUUGCCUCGGUCAUAGCACACGACGUCCUCGGCGGCGGCUAAAGGCAACGAAUUUGCCGAAUAUCAGGCGGGCAGAUGAUCGUGUGAUGCGACGGCUUGUUCCGCCGGCUUUCUCAAUCCCAGACCUUCGCCUUUCACAGCCGAUGAACGGCGGACCUCAGAGGGGUCCAAAACCGAGUAUAGGUUGGCUUAAAGGAGUAUUAAACGUCACCGGUGUCUUAAAACUAAAGAGGAUGGAAAGGAGAAGAAAAGAACACGACGGAAAUUUACAGCCAGGCGGAGAGGGAGAGAGAGAAUUUUUACCUCCCACCAGAGACAACAGAGAGCCUAACUCCUUUGCCGACACUUCACAGCCCUGUUUAAGCAUAAAAUAUGCCAGGGAGCUGAAGAAGUAUUCAUCAGUGUUGAUAGGGUAA